GGUCGCUUCAUGACGCCCACGUUUACCCCUUGAGAAGCAGGCGGUCCUCUGUAAUGAAGUAUACAGAAACAGAGAAGAUGGAACUUCUAAACCUUCAUAAUCAAUAUCGCAGAAGCGUCUCCCCCACAGCUGCUGAUAUGAGACACAUGAUCUGGGACGUUGACCUGGCCGACAUAGCACAGAAGUGGUCUGAGAACUGCCACUGGGACCAUGGGUACCCCUCUGCAGGGACGCCGUACGCCAGAGAGAGGAUGGGUCAGAACAUUAUGGCACAGUCAUUGACCCCGCCCUCGACUGUAACGUUUCCAGUGACAGCGUGGUUCGAGGAAUACAAACUAUGGAACUACACACGGAAUAAAUGCCAACCUGGGACAGAGCACCAUUGUCUACAUUAUACCCAGCUUGCAUGGUCAGCGAGUUAUCGCAUGGGAUGUGGCAUGCACCGCUGUACAGUCGGGUCUCCAUGGAAGAACCAACCGCUGUUUGCCACGUGGUACUACGUAGUCUGCAAUUAUUGGCCAGCUGGGAACAAGGCCUGGCUCAAACCCUUCAAGGCCGGUCCUCCUUGCUCCAAGUGCUCUGAGAACCCCGAGAAUACAGGAGACUGCCAACAGGGGUUAUGCGUUACAAAGGAUGAGUGUCAGAAAUAUCCUUCGCAUUGCAGUGCUCCAGACCCUUGUCUUGGUAAGAUACUGACGUGUGAAAACUGGGGGACUCCGGACUAUGACACGUGCACCUGUCGUUGUCACCCUAAUUUCUACGGUGCAAUGUGUGAGAAAGCAAAGUGCCAUAAUGCACUAACCUGCGAGAAUGACGGGGACUUUGACCCCAGCACAUGUACCUGUGCAUGCUCCAACUACUUCACCGGAAGCCGUUGCGAAAAAUACAACUGCCAAGCUAUGGGCAACAGAGGUCGUGACAGCUACAGGUGCGCAAGAAUGCCAAGACGAGCCUGUACCAAAGGGUGGCAUAUCCGCGGGGAGAAGGAAGAAAUUCGCCUGAAAUAUUGUCCCAAAAAGUGUGGUCUUUGCUUAUAAUAUAUAUUGAACGUGUUUUUUCUGUACCGACUUUAAAAUAUCAAAUAGUUAUUACACGUAUAAGGAAAAUGCUAACAAAUAA